AUGCUAAUAGCAUUACCUAACAGUCUACUAUACCAGAGUUUCGUAUACGUCACUUCCAAAGACAAAAUUCCCAAAUCCUACAAGCAAAGUUGCUACGGUUACUAUUGCGGCAAGCAUACCACCCAGUCAGUAGCCAGGCAUGACUACCGCCUAUCAGAAGAUCCACCAUUGGUCACGGUGGAGCCGGUGCAGACGACGCGUCUGCCGCUGCCGACAUUCUCGCCGCGUGCCGUGUUGAUGUACAGCGCGGCGGUCGGCGGCGAGGGCGCGGUGGCUCUGCAGCUGCGGGAGGCAGCACCGGGGGAGAUCGACGCGGCUCGACUCCACGAUGAGAGACUUGCUAUUGCGUGCCAUGAGCCGGAGCUUCUAGCAGACUUGCUGCAUGCUGCCGCUGAUAUCGGCGGUGAACAUGGUGGGUUCAGUGCGUUGCUAGGGGCCGCGUCUCCCGACUUUGCCAUGGCUUCUGACGCCUCUGAUAGCCUGCCGAUACCUGACACUGAUAAUGAAUGUACAUCAUCAUCAUCAAGCGGCCUGAUCAGUGGGAUAACAACGGUGUCUGUGGCGGUGACGGGGAUCGAACCCAGACCCCCGCUGUCCGCGAAGAAGGUCCGCCCGAAGCCCGCCUCGCCGAACAGGCAGGGUCCGCAACAGUGUCAAGUAUGCAACAAGAUCUUCGGCAACGCUUCGGCUCUAGCAAAACAUAAGCUCACACAUAGCGACGAGCGCAAAUAUGUUUGCAUCACGUGCGCCAAAGCCUUCAAGAGGCAGGACCACCUUAACGGACACAUGCUCACCCAUCGGAACAAGAAGCCUUACGAAUGCAAGGCGGACGGAUGCGGCAAGUCAUACUGCGACGCGAGGUCGCUGCGGCGGCACACGGAGAACCACCACCAACCGCCAGGUUCAAGCAGUACAUCUUCCAGUAGCACAAGUACCAACACGGCUGACCGGGACUCGAACUCGCACCGGGUCUCGUCGCCCACGUCGCCGCCGCGCGCUAACCUCCUGCACUCCGAGACAAGCAACUCCGGUUCAGAGAAGUCGAAUGGUACAAGCACAAGCGCCAGCGGGAGCGACAGCAGUCCGCCGGGCACCCCGCCCGCGCCCCCCGCACCGCCCGCGCCUCCCACGCCCCCGGCGCGGCCCAGGCCGAGCAAGGCAAGCCAUAGCAGGCCCAAGUCUAGUUCAACGUCUCACCAAAUAAGUCAGAAAAGUAGUGGGAGCGUAGCGGUGAGCGGGGCGGGCAGCGCUUCGGUGCCACGGAGUGACGCCAAGCCGGUGGAGUGCAACUUAUGUCAUCGCAAGUUUAAGAACAUCCCAGCUCUCAAUGGACAUAUGCGGUUACAUGGCGGAUACUUUAAAAAGGAUUCCGACAAUAAAAAGCUGGAUAAAAAGGAAUCGACUGGACCACCGCUGCAGACUGCUUCAGUGUCGGUUCGCGCUCUUAUUGAAGAGAAAAUCAUCAGUAGACGAGGAGCUUCAGCCAGUACAACACCUACUAGCGGCACAACAACAGAAGCAACCAGCCGAAGCGGUUUCGUCGCACCGGCGCCACCACCAUUAUCCAGUCUUCGCACAUCAGCGUCCCCGGUCUCUUCCACCACGACGUCACAGUUCGCGUCCCCGCGAGCGCCGCCCGUCGUCACUGUCGCCACCAAUAUGACCGUCGCUCAAAGGGAUUCAACGCUCAUUGAACUGCUGAAGAAAGGAAACACUAAGGUGGUCAAACGCUCAGCAUCGGACCCGGGGCAGUCAUCACCGCAACAAGAAUUCACUUUUCGCCCCGAACUAUUCGGCGUGUCGUUCAAUUCCGACGACGGCUACUUCUCACCAGCUCUGAAUGAUGACACUUUCCAAUUCACCACAACCCCGGAGCAAUUAGAGGAGCUAGCAUCGUUAGAAGACUACGCGACAGUAGCUGCGUCCAUACGAGAGCGGUCACCCGUCACGUUUCCAUCUAGUCGACGACUCGCGGCUGUUUUGAACUCGCCUUUACCGGAAUCCUUAGCAGAUUUUGGAGCAUGUCAUGGAGGCUCUCCUGUUCCAUCACCAGGGAUGGGUUACACCGCAAGUUCUCCGGGUUUGUCGUAUACGACGGGUGAUUCGCCAGGAUUGGCAUACGCCGCGUCACCUGGUGGGAGUUACUCGACGCAGCCUGAGCCGUCACCAGGACUAGGCUAUCCUACGCCGCCAGCCUCUCACGACGCCCACUCGCCAGCGCACACAGUACCACGUGCGUCGUCGCCCCUAUCAGCAGCGUUCUUUACUGCCACAAUGUCCAGUCAAGAAGAGGUAGAAGAAGCUUUGGAAGAAGUUCUGCCCGAGGAAUGCCGUUCACUAGAUGCCUACGCCUUAGAGCCUUCUCCGACGCCGCGGCGGAUCAUGCUCAAUUCCGAAGACCCGUUGCUGUCGAGCAGUCCUCGUGACUUCUCACAUCAAAGACCUGCGCGACGGCAUCGGAUGACGAGUUCCAUGUCCAUGCAUCAGUGGCAACAUGACGCAGCUUCCCUUCAGGUGUGCGUAGAAGGUCGAGAUACAGUGCCCGCAGUCUUUCUAAGCCCGAGCAGCGUGCCGGCGUCACCGCAACGGCGCAAGCGGCGCGCGUCCCCGGCCGGGCCCUACCGUUCACGCAUGCGCCGCAGUACCGCGCACUUCACACCACAACCCAUACUGCCACCAGAUAGGGAGGGCUCGGGAUUACUCGCUGAACUUACUGCUGGUCUACCAACGUCCGAGACAGAUGUGCUAUCCCAAAUGGAAGAGCCGCGCCAGCCUCAAAUCAACAUCGGUGUGGAUCACCAAGCGGAGAUACCCGAGCUGUACAACGAUCGCAUCGACCUCCAUCGAGCACCUGAACAGCUGUUGUGGGACCCUGGCAUCAAUGACUGCUUAGACGAUAAUGAAGUUCGCAUGUUCAUGGAGCUGGCCAUGUGCGCGGCCAUGCCCGUGGGCGGUCACACGCGGGAGUUCGCGCUGCAGACGCUGGGCGAGUGCGGCGGCGACAUCCGCGCGGCCACGCUGCGGCUUAUGUCGCGCCCUGCCGCGCCCGCGCAGCGAGAGCCGAGAUGGACACCUGACGAAGUGGAGGCGUUCUUGGCUGGCCUGGGCCAUUACGAUAAAGACUUCUUUAGGAUUGCUCAACUUGUACGGACAAAAGACUCGAAGCAGUGCGUGCAAUUCUACUACUUCUGGAAGAAGGUGACCAAAGACUACAAGACGCUUUACCUCCGGAGCUGGAUAUCCGAGCAGUCGUCACAAGGUUCCGUUCAGGCGCAAACGGCGCCUCCGACGACGCUUGGUGCUUCGUGCUCACCAACCUCGUUCGAAGGCGAAGAGUUCCCAUGCAAGAUUUGCGGGAAAGUAUUUAACAAAGUAAAAAGUCGUAGCGCGCACAUGAAGUCGCACCGGCCACUCGACGCCGAGCCGAAACGGCCUAAACUCGAAAAGCCUUAUGAAAAGGUCGAGAAACCGGACGAGAGGCCCUACGCGACGGCCGAUUACCAAACCAAACCUGCCACGUAA